AUUGGUGAACUCAUUAGCAUUCUGCGCCAUGGCUGACGGCUCACCGACCACAAAGAGCGGAAUCAUUUUUCACGCCGAAUUCUGUACUUAAAAGAAGCCUACAUCGCCGACCUGGCUAGAAGUGCCAAUUUCUCCUUCUUACAUACCUUUAAUCCUGGGGGCAUUGCGAUAACAAUGGCGGGAAAGGCAGAGGAUCGUAAUCUCUAUGAUUACAUUAUUUGCGGGGGAGGCACUUCAGGAUGCGUCGUAGCGGGGCGCCUGGCCGAGAAUCCUCAAGUAAGAAUUCUCGUUAUCGAGGCUGGACAACAUAGCAAAGGCCUUGAAAGUGUUCAUAUGGCUGGAGCUUGGUCCACGAACUUUGACAAAGAAACAGACUGGAAUAUCGUCACUCCUCCAAUGUCCGGUGUCAAUAGCCGCCAGGUCAAAUUGAGUAGAGGCAGAUUCUUGGGUGGAAGCAGCGGGUGCAACGGAACCCUUUGUAUCCGGGGUUCUAAGCAAGAUUACGAUGACUGGGGUUUAGACGGGUGGAGUGGUCAAGAAUUCUUUGAAUGCAUGCGAAAGGCCGAGAAUUUCCACUCAAAGCCCUGGUUCAUAGCCAACGACGAUUACCACGGCCACUCGGGGCCUCUGCAUGUUGAGCCACACGAUUUGGCGCCAAUUAGUGACCUGAUAAUGGAAUCGUUUGUUUCACAAGGACUUCCACUUGACCAUGACAUGUUCACAACUGGGGAGACGCCCCAUGGCUGUGGCCAUGUGCCACGAACAGUGCACAAGGGUAUCCGCACCACAAGUGGUGAUUUUAUUACCAAUGGGUAUCUUCGGUCCAAUGUCACAGUAAUGACUGACACCACGGUCAAUAAAAUCCUCUUGAGAGAAACUUCCGUGGGCUUGAAGGCUGAAGGCGUGGCGGUGAUAACUCCAGAAGGCUCAAAAUCUGUCUAUGCCAAGAGAGAGGUAAUUGUCAGUGGAGGGGCGUACUGCAGCCCAGCAAUCCUUAUGAGAUCUGGAAUUGGUCCAAAGGAGGAGCUGAGCAAGCAUGGAAUCGAGUGCAAGGUGGACCUACCCGGAGUUGGUCAGAAUCUUCUUGACCACAUGAUUGUCUUCAUGUUCUACGAGACUGAAAAGCCAGGCUUGACAAAUGAUUACCUCGUCCACCACGAUGACAGCUUCAAGAAGAGCUACGCCCUCUGGAAAGAGAAAAGGGAAGGAUUUCUUUCAACAUUCCCCUUCGGUUGUUUCGCAUUCGCACGGCUUGACGAUCGUCUCAAGGACGAGCCAUUGUGGAAAGAUGCGCCGCGAGAGCCCGGCCGUGACCCGAUGGGGUUGACUCCCAAGCAGCCGAACAUCGAAUUCUUCACCACAGAAUGCUACGGCGGCCCCAAGCAGUACGAUCAAUAUCCUAUUGACCACAAACAUGCAUUUUCUAUCAUUGCAGAAUUGUUCUCGCCCCGAUCUCGAGGCAGCGUGACUCUGUCAUCCAAGGACCCACUCGAGAACCCCAUAGUAGACUGCAAUUAUCUGUCCGAUCCACUGGACCUUCUUGUUAUCACCGAAGCAUGCAGAUUUGCCAACGAGAUCAUCACGAAAGGGGCUGGAACGAAAGACAUUGUGAAAGGGUCGUGGCCGCCAAAUCUGACUCAUCAUACAUACACGACGAGGGAAGAGUGGAUCCCUUAUGUCCAAGAGCAUGGAACGACCUGCUAUCAUGCUGCUGGAACUUGCGCCAUGGGUAAGGACGACAACCCUCUCGCCGUCCUUGACAACAAACUACGAGUACGCGGGGUGUCUGGGUUGCGUGUUGCCGAUUGCAGUGUCAUGCCAACUCUACAUGGAGGACAUACACAAAUGCCGGCAUACGGAAUUGGAGAGAAGUGCGCUGACAUCAUCAAGGAAACGUGGGUCGCACCUCAACUGGGGGGACUGUCAAAGCUAUAAGUGUGCAUUUUCUUGUCCGAUCUCCGC